AUGCGCUCUUUCCAGCAGGUCGUCUUCUUCCUUUUCGCGCUCGUCGCGUUUGCGUUUGCCCAGGGCACUGCCUCUGACGCCGCCUAUGAUGCCACCGUCUACAUCACCUCGACUGUCUACCGCGUCAACACCGUCACCCGGUCCGGCUCUGCCACUGCCAGCGUCGCCAACCAGACGUCGACCAUCUCUGCCGUCCACCCGACCUACCAUGCCGGCAACGCCACUGUCAUCGCACCCACCGGCACUGGCUCUCACGCCAAUGUCACCCAGGCCAAGCCCAGCCAGCCCCAGUUCACUGGCGCCGCCUCUUCGCUGAACGCGAAUGCCUUCGUCGCAGCGCUCGCUGCUGGCGUUGUCUACCUUGUGCUCUAA